GCCGGGAGCGUAUGCUACGGAUCUUCGUGUUGCUCGUGUUUGCGUGUAAGUUCUAGUAGCUUGUAAAAGAUGCCUAUGAAAGGACGGUUCCCGAUCCGGAGGACUUUAGAGUACCUGCAGAAAGGAGAGAUUGUCUUUAAGAACUCGGUGAAGAUCAUGACGGUUAAUUACAACACGCACGGGGAACUGAACGAGGGCGCAAGGAAGUUUGUAUUUUUUAACGUCCCGCAAAUUCAGUACAAAAACCCCUGGGUUCAAAUCCAGAUGUUCAAGAACAUGACACCGUCGCCUUUCCUCAGGUUUUACCUCGAUAACGGUGAGCAGAUUUUGGUGGACGUGGAGGGAAAGAACCACACGGAAAUUACUCAGCACGUCAAGAAGAUCCUUGGUAAAAAGCCCGAGGUGUUGGAGGAGGAGGCGCGGGCCGCCAUGGUUUCCUCCAACCCGGCCAACUUCGGGCCCAAGAAGUACUGCUUGCGGGAGUGUCUGUGCGAGGUGGAGGGUCAGGUCCCCUGCCCGGGCCUGGUGCCUUUGCCCAAAGAGAUGACGGGCAAAUUCCGGGCCCAGAUGAAGGCCUCCCAGGAGUGACACCUGGUGGGUGGGACCCUUGUAAAUAUUUCCUCUUGCUGGAAUGUGUAUUUUGUUUUGAUAUUAUGGACAGCGGCAAAAACUAAAUAAAAUACAGAUUUUCUUAUUGAGUCUGUGCCAAUAAAUGUAGUCACUUUGAACUGGGAGGUAUAUGUUAAUAACAGAAAAAUCAGGAUAGGGCAGCACGCUGGUGCAGCAAGUUAGCGUUGCCACUUCACAGCACCUAGGC